UGAUUUUUGAUCAGCAAGUGCUUGGUAAUGAUUCUUUCUAGUCCCAUAACGUUGACUAAGGAAACUUCGAGUUUAGCAGGAAAAAAGUAUCUGAAUUUCCUCUUUUCUUACAUUUUUCUUUAGGACUUUAGAACGCUUCUGAUUUUGUGAACUUACAGCAAAGUACGGUCUAUCUGGAUGUAUGCUAUAUCAUCAGAUCUCAGCAUAACUCUGCUACAGGACAGUGCCUUUGCCAUCCUCUGGCAGCUUUGGAUCUGUGGGAAGUUUUAACAAGGGUCACAGUAAAAAUCCAAGGCAAGAGACGGGGCGGGAGUAGGUUGGGAUACAGGUGUGUGUGGCACUGGAGGCCGAUGGCUGAGCAAGCUGUGUUCCACCGCAUGUGGCUUCAUGGGCAGCACUUCUGCUUUUCUUCACUCUUGAUAGUUCUACAGUAAGUUUGCAUUUUCCUUUUUAAUCUCAAAAUGCAAGCAUAGAACAAGGAAAACAAGUAGAAGAACCCCAACAACAAAGAGGCAGAUAUGCGUACAGUUUGAAGUCAUCUGAGCAUUUUUCUAGCAUUAGUUUUUCUUGGCAGGGUGAAGGCGGGUAUUGUGCCUAGGGUGUGUAACGCUUUCCAAAUCUUUUCCGAACCAAGGAGAAGCACCACAAUGAAAAUGUGACCCGAGUGUUUUGAUGCAUUACAUUCUCCUAUGAAAAAAAAUAAAAUUGAAUUUGGAAAUAACAGACCAAGGCAGUGCAUGUAGCAUCGGCGAGACGUCAGCUGGCCUUAGCAGGUCUGUGGCAGAUGUGACGGAUUUGGAAAGCUUUCCUCCGGUUCCAGUUCAGGAUGGCUCUGUCCAAGGAGAAGCAGAUUCCUUGGAACUGGACUGUUAGGCACACUCGCCUCUCGGCAGUGACCUUGCUUUGGCUUGUCAGGGCUUCAGAAACCAACUAGCCUAUCAGUGGGAGGGUUUUUGCCUAGAUUAGUAAUUUCAGAAUACUGACUACAGCAUGACAGAAAGUGGAAGUGUUGGUUACGAUGUUCUUAAAUAAAGCUUGGAUCAGUGAACUAUGCUUGCUCUGGGAAAUAACUGAGUAACUUUUUGAGGCAGGUACCUAGAUUGUGUUGCAGUGCCCGUGUUUAAAACCGCCUGUGUCUUUCCGAGGCGCUGACCUUGCAGCUCGGAAAAAUGCCCACUGGCAGCAGCCAUUGCCUGAGCAAUGAAAGGGGAGCAGGGCUGGCAGUGGUGGUGAAGGAAUGUCUCUCAUCCUGACUGCUCGGCUGCUGUUCCCUGUUGGGGUUCCCAUUUCCUGGGUACGGCUCUAUAGCAUGGCAUGGGCACAGCUGUAGCUCGGCCUCAGGCACUGUGCAGGUGAGUGAAGGCAGUGUUGAGACCCAGUGUAAGCGCAGCCCUUCUGUCUCUAAGGUGUGCAGUUCAUUCUCCAAGGAAAGCUUACUUUUUGACUCUUAGCAGAGAAAUUUUGAGGGUUUAAAUCCAAAGUAAACUUAGUGAAAAGUUGUGUGUUAUUGGCAUGUAUGCUUUAGCAUCUAUUCUGUUGCAUCCUCCUGGAAUUCAUCUAGUUUUUAUAGGUAGGAUUCAAGACAGCUUUUUGGGAAAGAGGACAGUUUGAGCUCUGAAAUCUAGAUUCAGGGUAAGGUGUUAGUAAUUUCUUGGAGCUGUGAGCUAAAAGGAUCCAACUUUUCAUCCUGAAGCUGCAGCUACCGAUCCAGAGUGGGAAAGUUUGACUGAAAUUCUGACCUUGAAGCACAAGGAAGGCAAGUCCGAAGUUGGAAGCACAAGUAUGGCACAAUCAGUGAUUUUAUCAAAAAGCAGAAUCAGUGUGUGGAAGUAAAGGGGAAAAGGCCAUUUAUGUUACAAACAAUUCUCUAGGUACUGAUUGCAUAGGUGACGUAGCUGCUGAUGCGUGAGGUGAGCUGCAAUAGUGCUGUGGCUGGACCCUCUGCUGCCAAGGCUUAGCAGGGGGAAGCGACUCACAGAUUCCAGAACAAACGCAGUUGUGUAGGUUGCCAGGUGCACCCGCUCACUGCACAACGCCCAGCUCCUCUUCACAGUAUGGGAUUGCACUGUUCUCUUCAAAUUGGGUGCAUCGACCUGAAACAAGACCUGUUCUGAGAGGCAGCAUGUCUGCUCCUCAGACACAAAGUAAUCAGGUGACAAAGUUCACUAGUGAGCCUGCCAGUGGUAGUUCUUUGGUGGCAGGAUGGUGGGGCUGCCCAGCACUGAGGCUUCCUGAUGUUGCAACUGGGAAAUGUGGGGCUUUGGCUGUUUGUGGGGUACUCAUUAAUGAGUGAAGGAUCAAAAGGUGGGACGGUGGCCAAGAAGCAAUGGAGAAUAAAAGUUUAGAAGGUUCCCCGUCAGAUCUAAAGUUAGUGGCUCACCCAAGAGCAAAGAGUAAAGUGUGGAAGUACUUUGGGUUUGAUACCAAUGCGGAAGGAUGCAUAUUACAGUGGAAGAAAAUCUACUGCCGUAUUUGCAUGGCACAGAUCGCCUAUUCGGGAAACACUUCCAACCUUUCCUACCACCUCGAGAAAAACCACCCCGACGAAUUCUGUGAAUUUGUGAAAAGUAACACCGAGCAAAUGAGGGAGGCCUUUGCAACUGCAUUUUCAAAAAUCAAGCCAGAAUCGUCACAGCAGGUUGUUCAAGAUAGUCUCAUCAUGAAGACUUACCAGAACUACGAAAACAAAAAGCAUCAGGAGCUGACGUCUGCAGUCAUCAGCUUGAUCUGUGAGGGCAUGUAUCCUGCUUCUAUUGUCGACGAGCCCACUUUCAAGGCUCUCUUGAGAACAGCUGAUCCCAGGUAUGAACUUCCUAGCCGGAAGUAUUUCUGUACAAAAGCUAUUCCUGAAAAAUACAACACCAUUAGAGAGAUCGUGUUAAAAGAGCUCACUGACGUCCUGUGGUGUGGCAUAUCCACAGACAUGUGGAGGAGUGAAAACCAGAACAGGUCAUAUGUAACUGUCGCAGUUCACUUUCUCAGCAGUAGUCAUUCCAACUGCCUGGUGGUCAACUCACGUUGCUUAAAAACGUUUGAAGUACCAGAGGAUAAUACUGCAGAGACUAUUACACGAGUCCUUUAUGAAACAUUCAUUGAAUGGGGGAUCAAUACAAAAGUGUUUGGUGCUACCACAGACUACAGCAAAGACAUUGUGAAAGCUUGCUCUCUUCUCGAUAUUCCAGUGCAAAUGCCUUGCUUGGGGCACACUUUUAAUGCCGGAAUACAACAAGCUUUUCAGCUCCCAAAGCUCUGCAGCCUUCUUGCCAGGUGCCGAAAACUGGUGGAGUAUUUUCAGCAGUCUACGGUAGCGAUGUAUAUGCUGAGUGAGAAGCAGAAGCAGCAGAAUAUUCUGCACUGCAUGCUGGUGAGCGAUCGCGUUUCCUGGUGGGGCAGCACACUCGCCAUGUUGCAGCGCCUCAAGGAGCAGCAGUUCGUCAUCGCGGCCGUCCUCGUGGAGGACAGCAACAACCACCACCUCAUGCUGGAAGCCAGUGAGUGGAAUACAAUCGAAGGGCUGGUGGAACUGCUGCAGCCUUUCAAACAGGUCGCAGAGAUGAUGUCUGCUUCCAAAUACCCGACAAUAAGUAUGGUGAAGCCCCUUCUUCACAUGCUUCUCAACACUACCCUGAACAUCAAAGAGAACGAUUUGAAAGAAAUCAGCAUGGCGAAGGAGGUAAUAGCUAAGGAGCUGUCAACUACCUACCAGCACACCCCAGAAAUAGACAUGUUCCUCAACGUUGCCACUUUCCUGGAUCCUCGUUACAAAAAACUGCCUUUUCUUUCAGCAUUUGAGCGGCAGCAGGUGGAAAACAGAGUGGUGGAAGAAGCAAAAAGCCUGCUGGAGAAAGUCAAAGAAAACACUUUUCGGACUGAGGAAAAGUUCUUCUCGGUUUCGGAAGAGCCUCCAGUGAAAAAAAUAAUUAUCUCCUCCACUCCUCCUCCUACUAGUGUGAUCAACAACAUGCUUGCAGAGAUCUUCUGCCAGACAGGAGGUGUAGAGGACCAAGAGGAGUGGCACGCUCAGAUUGUUGAGGAAUUGAGCAACUUUAAGUCUCAAAAAGUCCUUGGGUUGAACGAAGACCCACUAAAGUGGUGGUCUGACAGACUAGCACUGUUUCCAGUUUUACCAAAGGUUCUUCAAAAAUACUGGUGUAUUUUGGCCACAAGGGUCUUUCCCGAACGCCUUUUUGGUUCUUCUGCUAAUGUUGUCAGUGCAAAGAGAAACCGGUUGGCCCCAGCGCAUGUGGACGAGCAGAUCUUUUUGUACGAAAACACUCGGAAUGGGUCGGAGGCAGAACCAGAAGAUGAAGAUGAAGGAGAGUGGGGUUUGGAACAGGAACAGAUUUUUAAUUUAAAUGACUCGGUAAAUGUAAACAACAAUUUCUUUAACAUCCGAGACAGUGGGUUUGUUUAACAGGACUGCUGCAGUACAUUUAAUAACAAAGAAAAAGGUAUUUGUCAUAAGUUACCAAAAAUACUUGUUUAUGCUAUGAAUGCUGUAAAUAUUGAACAGUUGUCUCAACUUUGAUUUAGCUUCCAUUGUCUGUGUUUUUCCCACUGUCUUAAAACAUGAAUGACUUGUGAUUAAACAGCACUGAAAUGAAUGAAGAAAUAAAUUCUACAAAGACCAUGA